AUGGGUCGUGCUCUGCAAGCUGAGAAACUCCAGCUGCGCCUGCUGCUGCUGGAGGACAAAUACAGAGGUCAAGUGAUGACCGAACAAGUCGAAGCAUUCGAGGAGAAAGUGAAUAUGAGUUUCAAAAACUUUAACAUCGACACACUAGUGAAUAUGAUACGCAUUCUGAGAGGUCGCACCGAUCCGCCACGUGUCAUAAGCUCAUUGGAUAAGCUGCACAAUGCAAUGAUCCAGGAAGCCAAUAGGAACACAGCUACUCGCAAUCGCGAAGCUCGAAUUCGAAAAACCAAAUCCAAUAUUGAUGAUAAUUGUGUGAAGUAUUUCAUGUGGUUUUUCGAAUAUGUGGACUACCUUCGUGACCUAAAGGUUAAUUUCACAGACAGGAUAUUCCAGCCACUGUUUAAAUACUUCUAUGAAGGUUCCGAUGGCGGUGGUGACACAAGGAGGGGCUCGUCGUCGACAUUGUCUUUUUCGAAGUUUAGUCAGUUUUCCUCAGACAGUGGCGACAGUGGUGAGAACUUGGACGAUGAUCGUGACGAAAGCGUUGCCACAGCUCGACAAAGAGCUCAAGCGAAAACGGCUCUGAUGAUGCUGAGCAAUGAAUUCACGGACAUAAAAGCUCUGUACGACACAACUGAGGUCGACAAGGUGGCGAAGAGUCUUUCUUUAGUGAAAGAACAAAUGGACUUUCUACUGGAUAACGAAGAUUCCGUGGACAGUGAACUUUACAGCCACGAAAGCGAAACAUAUGUGUAUCACCUGACACUAGACAGUGCCACCGUGAACUUGAUUAGGUUUGUCCCAGACAUUUUGGCCAAGCUUCAGAAGUCAGCCCGACUGGCCAGACGGUGGCUCCAGUUGGAUGGCAUGAGAACAAAAGAUUUGAACAAAAAGCUGGAGAAGAUUCUCGAACUGGAAAAGAAGCUGAAUCAGCGAGUGUCGUUUCUCGAUGAGGAAAUUCUGCGGAACGAGGCGGAACUGGAAAAGGAGAUGAUAGAGCUGCAGAAUCUCCUAAAGAGGGAAGACAGGUCCACUGAUUUGAGUCUGACCAUGUUCGAGUUGGACGACAGGAUAGGGAAACUCCAAAACAAGCUGGAAGGUCUGCGGAAGGAAAGAGACAGGAUGACCGGUAGGGCCAUGGAUACCGCUCAGACCAAGAGCAAACGGCAAUACAAUGAACUGAAGGUGAGAUACGAGUCCAAUAAGCUACAGCGUUACAUGACUGAACGGAUGCUGGGGACGCUCCGGUACCAUCGGGACAUAGUGGAGCAGGACAUGAGGGUGGAACUCAGCAUCAAACCAAGCAUCAUUCACAACACCAAUAGCAUCCAGGACCACUGUGAGAGACUUGAGCAGAUACUCACUCACGAGAAGAAUGAGAAACAUGCGAUAAAGACUGCUCUGGUUCCCAUUGGAGAGGACAAGAGGUUCAUAUCUCAGCGGUUGCUAGAGAAGCGAAUGUCCGAGCCUCAUCCCGACCUCACAAUGGCGGAUUAUAUUGGAACCCGGAGGAGAUAUCAUAAUGGUCAGGCUUUCUAUGUAAAAACACAUCGGCCACUUCCGGCUGGGGCCAGACAUGUUCGCACGUAUAGACCCAGCACGCCGGAAUGGUGA